UGUGUAUUCUGGUAGGUGCUAUGUGAGACUCAAUUGAGGCAUGCCUAGAAUAAUUGAUUUUAACAAUCUGACUAUAAAUGGGAAGCAUUUUACCAGCAGACACUUCAGUUCAUUGUAACCUUUCUAAAUAAUCGAAUAACUUCGAAAAGUUUGAGAUUUUCGCAUUGCAAAUUUUGAAAAAAAAAAGUUCAGAUCCGGUUUGAGUUUUAAGAGAGGAUAAUGAAACGUUUUGUUAUAUUGGCUCUGCUGCUGGUGGCCACAGUCACUGCCACACCCACUCUACAUAAGUUGAAGAGUAAAUUGCUGGGUGGAGGAUUAGGAGGUGGAUUUGGUCUUGGAUAUGGUGGUGGUGGCGGCGGCGGUUAUGGAGGUGGUGGCUAUGGAGGCGGUCAUGGUGUUUAUGGCGGUGGUGGUGGCUAUGGAGGCCAUGGUUAUAGCGGCGGUGGAGGAUACGGUGGUCAUGGCGGCUAUGGUGGCGGUUACAACAAGGAAGUUAUUGUCGUAAAAGAAGUUCCUGUCUACACUGUUGCAGUACAAAAAGGAGGCGGCGGUGGCGGCUAUGGUGGCGGUCAUGGCUAUGGCGGCGGUGUUGGGGGUGGUAACUAUGGUGGCCAUGGAGGUUACUCCGGCGGUUAUGGCCAAGGUGGUUAUGGCGGCGGUAACAGUGGAGGUUGGGGUGGCAAUGGCGGCGGUGGUUGCAGUUCCUGUGGAAAUCAAUUGUAUGGCCAUGGCGGCGGUGGUGGUAGUGGUUCUUAUGCCACAGCCUCAGCCCAGGCCUCCGCCUCUAGUGGAAGUUACUCGAAUAGUUGGUAAAUCUUUUUAAGAAAUCCGAAUAGUUUUUAGUGUUUGUAAAUAAGAAUGUUAUUAUUUCAUUAUUGCGUUCUAAAUUUUUUCGUGAAUGGCCGAAACGGAAUUAAAAAAACGGAAUUGUGUAAUUGUGGGACUGUUUCGAAAAAUUAUCACAAUGUAAUUUAAUUGUUUAAAUCUUAAUAGCUGUGAAAGUAAUAACAUGAAAAUAAAUAAAUAAUAAAUAAAAAAUACAAAGUAAAA